CUUUACAACCGAUGUACGAUCCGGAAAAGCCAAUAGCAAACUUUUAAUUCAAGUUGAGAUAGUUUCUGAGAGUCAGGCUCAUUACUAUUGGUUUAUCUCUAUCCUCCUCGAAUCACUACCAUCGAAAACUUGGACCCGCUCAUCUCGUUAACUCGUUGCCUGGCCUCACACAGCAUGUUCAAGUAGCAACUUCAGUCCUAACAAACAAGAGUCAGGCAAUCUGAUUGUGUGGCCCUGUUCCUACUGAAGAAAUGGACGCCCCAGAAGCAGAUUUCGAUAUCAAGCUCCAGAAGAUCUCAGCGGAUCUUCUGGGGGACUUUGACCGCUCCCUGCCAAAUUUCCUCUGGAAGCCGGAUGGCCACGGCGGCACAAGAGUACGCUCGCGGGUGCGCGCAAAGGAGAUAUUCCGACUUACCAAUACUCUCCUAGAUCCCUUCCAAGAACUUCCUCAGCUGUUGGAUCCCUACCUGCCCAAGUGGAUUCCCCUCCUUGCUGAGGCGUUUCUCAAGCACCUCCAAACUCGCCAUCGCGGAAAAGCACUCUCAUCCCGCUCUAAGCUCUUGGUCUCAGUUGAGUUUGCCAUAUGCAAGAUCAUAUACACGUUUUGCAAGAUCCGCGGCGAAAAGGUCAUUGUGCGUUUUCUCAAUGUUGAAGCCAAGUAUCUAGAGUUGCUCCUCUCUGCCAUUGAAGAGUCUGAGCAAGCUUCUGUUGAUGACGUUGCUCUCGGGAAAUGGUCAUGGGAGGAACGCUAUGUCGUUCUUUUGUGGCUUUCGCAUCUCCUGCUGGCUCCCUUUGACCUCUCUACCAUAUCUUCCGUCGACUUGCAAGAUGUUACAGUGCCAGAGAUACCAGGCCUGGUCUGGCCUGAGAACCUCCCUGCCAUUACUGUACGUGUGAUUCCUCUCGCUAUCAAGUAUCUUGGUACUCCAGGAAAGGAAAGGGACGCUGCAAAGGCUCUGCUGGUGAGAAUGUCUAUCCGUCGCGAUAUGCAGCAGCUUGGCGUCCUCGAAAGCCUCAUAAACUGGUCCCUUGCUUCUCUACGCCCGAAACAAGACCAGCCGCUACAAAAAACAUACUUCUAUCUAGGAGUCCUAUCGUUCCUAGCCGGUGUAUUGCGCGCAUCGUCAGAUACAUCUGACAUGAAUCCGUAUCUUUCGACUAUCUUCUAUGCUAUCCACGAAAUAUCCGCUGGCGAGAAUGCGCUCUCUAAAACGAUUAUCUCGUUAGCCUUGGCAAGAAAAAUGAUUCUGAAGGUUAUUCGAUCUGUGGUUGUUUUGCGCCUUCGCCAGACACCACAAGAUAUGGCCAGCACUGAGCUUACAGAGACAGCUAUUGGGUAUUUGCUUGAAUCUGUAGCUGACAACGAUACACCAGUACGAUUUGCAGCAAGCAAGUCUUUGAGUAUCAUCACUUUGAAAUUGGAUCCCGAUAUGGCUUCUCAGGUUGUUGAGGCUGUCCUUGAAUCACUGAACCGAAAUGUCCUCUGGACGAAACCCGCCGGGGGCAAACCAGUCAGAGACUUGUCUGCUGUGAAUAACCUCGAAUGGCAUGGGCUCAUGCUCACACUAUCACAUCUGCUCUAUCGAAGAUCACCGCCCACUGAACAAUUGUCAGAUAUUGUCCAUGCUUUGCUUCUUGGUCUGUCAUUUGAGCAGCGAAGUAUGUCUGGAGGUAGUGUUGGAACCAAUGUACGAGAUGCUGCUUGUUUUGGUAUUUGGGCCCUCGCCCGCCGAUACACGAGCUCUGAGCUCCUAGCAAUUCCUACACACUCUGUCUUUGCAGCCAAAGCUCAUCCGGCAACAAGUUCGAUCCUUCAAGUCCUUGCAACAGAACUCGUUGUGACUGCUUCUCUGGACCCUGCGGGAAACAUUAGACGCGGUGCAUCGGCUGCCUUGCAAGAACUUGUUGGACGACAUCCGGACACUGUUGAGCAGGGUAUUUGGGUGGUGCAAACUGUCGAUUACCACGCUGUUGCACGACGUUCCAGAGCAAUCGAGGAGGUUGCGGUAAACGCGACUCGUCUUGCAAGCCAGUAUGGCGAAGCCAUCAUUGAUACCCUCCUAGGCUGGAGAGGUAUCGGCGACCUUGAUGCUGCUUCAAGACGCGUAUCUGGUGCCGCUUUUGGAGUCCUCACCUAUGAGUUAUCGGACACCAAAUCCGAGGACUCUCUUGCCCGGUUCAAAACCAUUAUUCAACUGCUGACUGAUCGCCUCAAAACACUUCAACCUCGUCAGGUUGAGGAGAGACACGGUCUGUUGCUAUGCUUUGCCUCUGUCCUUGAUAAAUUUCCAGCCUUGUUCAGCCCAGGCGCAGAGAAGAGUAACCCGGUGCUGAUUGAUGAAAUACUUUCAACGGUCUCAGGGGCGUUGGAGAACCUGCAGUCAACUGCUUAUCGAAAACCGGAAUUGCUCGCUGAAGCCGCAAGCCGCCUAGUCGUUUCAGCGUUGCCUAUUCUACAAGUUUCAGUUCUCGGCAUGGAUUCACAGCAAGCUCUUUGUCCAGGCCAAGAGCUCCUUCAUCCCGGGAAUGCGUCAGGCUAUUUGGGUCUCGUAUCUGCACUCGAUUCGUGCGAUGAGGACCGAAGUGAGACUGUAGCACGACUGAUCUCGGCAUUACGCGCCAUUAUCCCAACCUGGUUGAACCGCAGCGAGCAAGAAACGAUUGAGCCAACUGCUACUGCAUCAUUGGUUCUUCUCAUUCUUUCUAAGCCAAUUGACAGAGAGGCACUCCUGAGUGAAUGGGCAGAAACUGUCCAACGUCGCCCAACAAGCAGAACUUCAGUGCAUGGGAUUGGUUACUUUUCUGCACUUACAGUCGCGCAGCCUCUGGUAAGCUCGUCUGAGGACGUGGCCUGCCAGGCGAUCCUAGAGCGUUGGACAUGGGAUAGCGAAGUUGAGACUCGUGUCGCCAUCUUGCAGAGCUUGGCUCAAAGCAGUGUUCUGCAUAACAAGCCUCUGGCGUUUCUGCAACUGAUCGUUGAGGGCUUGAACGAUUAUACUACGAAUGCCCGAGGAGAUGUUGGAUCGCACGUCCGUGUGCACGCUCUGAGAGCCGUGAAAGCCUUGUGGAAUAAGCUUGAUGAUACAAUUGUCCAAGGCGAAUGGGAGGAGGCUUCGGUGCAGGCUCUAUUCUUCAGUGUCCUUCGUCUUGCUGCAGAGAAACUCGACCGCGUACGUCCUGAAGCUCAGGCCGCAGUUGCAUUGGUUCUAGAAAACGGGUGCGUGCCAAAAUUUCAAAUGUCAGAUUCCUAGACAUACGACUGACUUCUCUUAGCCACGCGAAGCACUUCCGCGAACUCACUUUCUCUUCCAGGGCCUACUUUGAGAGUCUCCUUGAGCUUCAGGCGGGCGGUCGUCUUCGCCCAUUGCUUGGCGAUAUGGCUAAAGGAGACACGGAGAAAUGGAUGACAGAACUCAUGUCUGGGUUUGUGGGAUCUGCAGACACGGGCAACGAGGACCUUGUCAUUGCUAGUCGAGCGGCGCUCUGCGACUUCUGCGAGGCCAAGCAUGAGAACCUAGACCUUACCUGUCACGCGAUGUUACAGAAUCUUAAGUCCCGACAGGGCCAGGAUAGGGUGAUCGUGCCAACCCUGGAGAUCAUUGCAUUCCUUUUCCAGAUGCAGCUCUUUCAGAAGAGCAGCGUCAACCUUCGUAGCUUGUGCCUGCAGACACAGAAGGCGGGUUACAAGACAGGUAACGUCCGAAAGCUCGAAGCGUGCACCAAAGUCUAUUGCGGUAUUGCGUCAAUGGCUGGCCAGGAAGGCGCUGAGACAGGUGUCCAGGAAGCUAGGAAACGCUUGGGUGCUUUGUUGCAUCAUCCCUGGCCCAAGGUCAGGAGCAUGGUUGUUGAUGGUCUCUGGGGUGUGCUUGAAGAGGAGGAAGAAAUCGCACAGAAGUUGAAGGGCGUAGACUGGGGCCAAGCCGGCAAACUGCAGAUCAAGACUGCAGUUGAAGAACUGAGGUUGGGCUAGUUUUCAGACUGUAUCCAAAUAGGGCAGCUCGAUAAUGCUUGAGGAGGUAGCAGAGUCGCAGUGGCUGCGCGGCUUGAACUUUGGUUCCUGAUCGACCCGCGAUUACAAGGCUGAAUAUCAUUGCAAAAGUCAAGAGCCGAUAUCUACCGAACAAAGAGAGUUGGUAGGCGUCAGACUUGUUUAAUCGAUGUGACCCAGAGAGGAAGGUAAGUUAACCAACAGCCAUCCAUUAGCAAGCCUCUAAUGAACACCGCCAAUCAAAUGAUUUGUGAGACCAGGAUUGUUGCAAAAUUAUGCAUGGUGCUGCAUGGAGUUUCGUGGCUUGAAUAGUAGUGCAAAAGCCACGGCACUGUCUUGGUUGACGAAUUGUCCAGCCAGGGCCAGUGACCGACUCGUCAAAGUUCAGCCGACAUCAGGCUAUCGAAACAAGACAUUAUUGAUUUGCGCCAUGUUUCUGCCAGUGUUCUAGAAAAGCCACUAGAUGUCUCGGAACGCCCGCGAUGUACGUUCUUAAUCAUGAUCUCACAUAAAUACCAG